AUGACCGACACAAAUCCCAUCUAUGGACCCUUCUUUGGAGUUAUGGGGGCGGCGUCAGCUAUUAUCUUUAGCGCGCUGGGAGCUGCAUAUGGAACAGCCAAGUCGGGCACGGGUAUCGCCGCCAUGUCGGUGAUGAGACCCGAGCUGAUCAUGAAGUCCAUCAUUCCCGUUGUCAUGGCGGGUAUUAUCGCCAUUUAUGGUCUGGUAGUAGCUGUCCUGAUUGCUGGUUCCCUGGAAUCGUCUGCAACUUACACCCUCUUCAGAGGUUUCAUUCACUUGGGUGCUGGUCUCGCUGUCGGAUUCUCUGGUCUUGCUGCCGGGUUCGCCAUAGGCAUCGUGGGAGAUGCCGGUGUGCGCGGUACAGCUCAACAACCUAGGUUAUUCGUCGGUAUGAUCCUUAUCCUCAUUUUCGCUGAGGUACUGGGUCUGUACGGUCUCAUCGUCGCCAUCUAUCUUUACACGAAACAGUAA